AUGAAUGCCACACCUUCUCUGCCGCAAUCUCUGCAGGUUGGUGAACCGAUUCCACCAGACAGACAACAUGUAGUCAGUUCUUCUUUGCCAACGUGGGAAUCUGUUGGUGCACUGGGUGCUGGUGAAGAUUGGCUCAUCUCACGACUUAAAGCUGGAUACCCACGGUUUUACAUCAAUUCAGAGAUCCGGGGAUUAAGUGAAGCUAUUUCAAAACGCCUUGGCCUUGCUGCAUUUGAGGGAGUGGCAUGUCUGGUUCUUCCCUCGCUGCCUAGCGCCGUUCGCUGCUUGAAGGCUUUACAAGAAGCGGGCACCCUGGAUGGCACGGUAACAUCGGUGCAAUUUUCCCACCCCGAGAAGAGUUCCCUUGAAGCUUCGUGGUUGGAAUUCUAUACUAUAGUUUAUCCUGUUGAGCAUUUUAGAACAGCUCUCACUUAUUGGACCGACUCUGGAGACGGUAUUUCAACUCGGCAUGCCGAAUUCUGCCUCGGAUGGCUUGACUAUUUGCAGUCUAAUUCAUCGAACGCCGCAUUUUGCACUUCUCCAGUCAAAAAACUGACUGUCAAGGGCGAGGAGAUUCCAAAGUUACAGACCUCUGGAAUUUUAGAGCGGGACUGUAUCAAGCAGGAUAUUGCAGUGCUCCUCCUGUCAGAGAAACACGGCCAAGUCCCAGUCUCUCCGACAGACGUAUUUCUCUAUCCCUCAGGAAUGUCCGCCAUUAAUGCAGUUGGGCGGACCGUGAGUAGUCUGGGAAUCAACUCAGGCGUUGUCGCUUUUGGGUUGCUGUACAAGGAAACUAUCAAGGUUUUGGAGCAUCGCUGGCCAGAUAUUACUAUCUACAAAGAUGGUGGAGACGAAGAUGUCAAUCACCUUGAAGCCUCGCUGAAAGCCGGGGAGCAGAUCACCGCUCUUUGGAUCGACGUACCCUCAAACCCGAUGCUUGUCACGCCCGAUAUGCCACGCCUUCGCCGCCUAGCAGAUGAAUACCAUUUCCUUGUUCUUGUUGACGAUACCGUGGGCACAUUUGCAAAUGUGGAUGUCCUGCCUUACGUGGAUGUCCUUAUGACUAGCUUGACAAAAAUGUACAGUGGAUACUGCGAUGUGAUGGGGGGCAGUGUUGUUGUCAAUCCACAGUCACCCCACCAUGAUAGACUGCAUUACCAGUUGACGGUCUCCUAUGAAGAAACGUUCUUCCCUGGUGACGUUGCUGUUCUCUACAGUAACUCCCAGGACUUUCUACACCGUCUGCAGGCUACGAAUAGCAACGCUGAAAUAGUCGCAGCUAAACUGGCCUCACAUCCUGCUGUGGAAAGAGUGUACUACCCGUCUUUAAUCACAAAAAAUCAUUAUGACCGUAUUCGACGCCGCGAUGGUGGCUAUGGUCAUUUGCUGAGCAUUGUCUUCCGAGACAAUGAUACAGCCAUUCGGUUCUAUGACGGAGUGAAUAUAUUCAAAGGUCCCAGUUUUGGGAUGACCUUUAGUAUUUUGAUUGCCUACGCUCAAUUGGCAACAAAAGACAAACAGCCUCGUCAAGAAGAGCUCGGCGUUCCAAGCCAUCUGGUGAGAAUCAGUAUAGGAAUGGAGGACGUGGAUAUCCUUUUACAAACGCUCUUCCAAGCCAUUAAGGAAGCCGAAAUACGAGACUAA